UAUUCUUUCAGAGGAAGUAGAACAAGGCAACUGUUCUCUUGUCAUCAAUGAUGUCCAAAAUAAUGAUGACGGGGAUUACUGUUUUAGAAUGGAGAAGGAACCUAAGGCAAAAUGGAGUUUCAAAGAGAUACUGAAAGUGACUGUAAAAGAAUUGGAAGACCCAGUAAUACACUUUUCCAGGAAUCUUCAGGCAAACCAUCAUGUAAAUAUCACUUGCAUAGUGCCAAGAAGUUGUUACUUGAAGCCUCCACGUAUCUCCUGUAAAACAAUGGCUGGAAAUUUCACACUGAGAGCCUCUGAAGAGCAGUCAAGUGAUUCCCAUGUUCACAGUGUGUUUGACUUUACACCCUCAGUGGCAGACAACAAGCAGAACCUCACCUGUGCAGUCACCUAUGGAAACACCUCGAUCUACAAGGAGACAACUGUCCUACUGAAUGUUAAAUACCCACCCCAGACACCAGUUAUCAGUUCCGAACUUAGACGUCCGAAUAAGAGUUCCGAAAACGAAACAGAUGUCUCCCAGAUCAUAGUAGAGAAAGGCGACACUGUGAUCUUAUACUGUAAGGCGGUGGGCAACCCAUCAGCCAACGUGACAUGGUUAAAUAGAACAAAUAAUAUCAUAGGAGACAAUGAACUGGUGUUUUCCAAGGUCACGGCCCAAGAUGAAGGUGACUACACAUGCUUGGCAAACAACUCAGAGGGCACCAAUAAUAAAACCUUCCGCCUCCUUCUAAAAUCAUCGGAUAAGCCAACGAGUGCCCUUUUUGCAGUGAUGGGUGCCCUGUCUGUGAUUGUGGUCGUCAUACUCAUCAUUGCUGUCAUUUUGAUUUUCAAAAAGUACCAAAGGAAAUCUAUGAUGGACAUGGAAUCGCACAAAACACUCCAAACACCUCGUAGCGACUUCCCCCCCAAUGACCAGGAUCCCAACCUGAUGUUCCCAAAUGAUGUUGGCAAUGAUGUUCCCAAAGAAUCAGAAAAAGCUGAAGAAGCGAUGGACGAAGUCCCUAAUGAUCCCGAAGACCUUCAUUAUGCAUCUUUGACAUUUGUUGCACGGCAGGAUAUACCAGAUGUGAUUCCAGAAGAACCUCAAACAGAAUAUGCAGAAAUCAAGAAAUAGUUGCUCUCAGACUUUUCAGCAAAAACGCAAACAGCAAGUUAAUGGGAAUCCUCUUCAGUCUAGUUGACAUUGAGGAAUCUGCCUCCUGGUUCUGAUCUCCUGUAUGCCUUUAGAAGAAAUAAUUUCCUUCUACGGUCUCACCUGUACUGGAUUACAGAGUUUCAACUAGUAAUGUAGUUGCCCUCCUGAGAACCAACUCCAUUCACAUUGCCUUUAUCUACAGCAAUUUUGGAAGAGGGGCAGAGCUCAAUGGCAGUGUGUAUGUUUUAGAAACAAAGGACCCAAUUUCAAUUCUUAGAUGCUUUCCGGACAAAGGAUCUCAGUAGCAGAGGGAUUACAAUAUACUCUUGCUUGAGGUUCUGGGAAACCAUCCCAAUCAGUACUGAAUGGAAGAAGAAAGGAUAUUUGAAAAUAUUGGAGAAAUUGUCAGAAAAUCUGUUAUUCCCAUGUUCAAACAUCCUUAUUUCAGAGAAAACCUCUCUAGGAAUCUCUCGGUCUUUCAGUGUUACUCUAUGGUCUAGGCCCAUCAGAAUGUGACCACAGAGUCACACUGGAAGACCUAGAGAUUUUUAGAGAGGCCGUAUUAAUGAAAUCUGUGAAUGACCAAAUCCUCUAAUGUAGAGGCUGAUUAACAUUUGUAAUUUGUUUCACGGCAACCUCCAGUCCUGGAAUGGAUUGUAGAUACCUCUCUAGAAUCUCUCCGUCUUGCAGUGUUACU